AUGUGGAGGUUUCUCGCGGUUCUUUUGAUGUCAUUUGUAUUAGCAAUCAAAGGAUUUUAUUUUCACACUGAACUUGACCCUGCUCGUGUUAUUAAAGCCAAAGCAGACGUUACUCCCAAAUGUCUCAAACAUAGUGAAAAUGUCAACUGCAAGUUUUACAAAUGUUUGGAUGAGAGGUUCCCUUGUCAUCCCGAAAGAAAGAAGCAGGAUACCUCGUAUAGGCAAUGUAGAAGAGCUUUGAACGUGGCAAAAACUUUGAAUGAUAUAGGGAAAAUUUGGAUCAAUUCAAUAAUUGGAUGUUUCAUGAAUGAACUCACUGAUAUGUACAAAUCUGAUACACUCGAUUGUAAUUCUAUCCUCGAAAAAACCCUGGCUAUACAACACACUUGUUACAUGAAAAACGAUUUUUGUGAAGUCGGCUGGGAUAAUCGCGAGGGACUGUGGCAGAUUUUUAAACGGCCCAUAGAGAAAUCAAAAUCACAGCAUUAUAAAGCGUUAUGGGAAAAUAUUGGUAAGAUAUCUUCAAAAUGCACUUCGGAAAACGCGCCUAAGUUGACAGCAUGGAUCAACGCCAAAGCUGGAGAAUCAUUGACGAAUUAA